AUGUCCACUUGUACAAGACGACUAUGGCCAAUCGUGAGUCCACCAUUACCACCUCGCACGCCAAUCCCAUCACCCCUUCAAACCUUCCCUUUCUUCUUCGAACGUCCUGUUACCAGCACGUCUCAAAUCACUAGACCUUUCACGGCCCUCCUCCGUCUCUCCGUCUCACCAAUCCUGACCAAAGGCCCAAGUACCUCCACUCCGCCAUCGCCACAUCCCUCCGUCUUGACACAUACGCCCCUCGUCGGUAGCGUUCCACAGUUGCAAUACUCUUGCACACAUGCGCUUCCCACGGGACAAUCGCGACUCAGCAGACAUUUAGGUAGGGCAGCAUCCUCACACUUGAACUUGUUUUUGUCGAAGCAGAUGCCAUUGCCUUCAACGCUGGACGCACACGUACACUCCACCGAGCCGUUGCUGGCCCCGCACAUGCGGUCAAAGCCACAACGCGAGUCGCACGGACGAGAGGUGCAGACACCGUUGAGACAGUCGCGACCAGAGGCACAUGCAUUGCCGCAGCGGCCGCAGUGUGCCAUGUCGUUCUUGAGGUCGUGGCAGCCGCCGUCGCAAAGGGAGACGCCUGGGCCACCGCAAGUGGGAGGUGGUAGGGUUGGUUCUGCGGAGGAGGUGGAGGAAGUCAAGGUCGAACUCGAGGCAGAGGUAAGGGUAAAUGUGAUGAAUUGCGUGGUAGAAGAGCCUGAGGAGGAACUAGACGAAGAAGUAGUGUUGGAGAAAAUACUGGAAGGGCUGGAAGACGGAGUGAGUGUCAACGUCGUGUCAGUUGUAAUUGAAAUUGUUGUGCUACCACUGAGAGAGAACGACGAUGAUGGUGACGAUGUAGUACUGCUCAAUGAAGUAAAAGACGUAGCGCUACUGGAAGAGUCUGUGGAAGAACUGCUGCUGGAUGCGCUAGAUGAAGCCGAACUGCCAGUAGAUGAAGAGGAUGACGCAGCCCUACUAGAAGAAGUCGAAGAUGUGAUCGAUUCCGUGGCCGAGCUGGAGAAGGAGGAAGGUAUAGCGCUCAAAGAUGAGACUGAGCUGCUGCUCGAGCCAGUUUUACUAAAAGGAGCAGAUGCACUGGCGGAGCUGCUUGACACCGAGGAAGAGGAUGCGCUGCUUAAAGAUGUCAAACUGUCGCUCGAAACGCUCGACGAGGAGGACUCUGAGCUGGUGGAAGUGGCAACCCUGGAAGUCGUCAAGAACGAGAUCGGUGUUUCUGUAGAGGAGGAGCUGCUGAGAGUUGAUGUAGAGGAGCUGCCGAGAGUUGAUGUAGAGGAGCUGCCGAGAGUUGAUGUAGAGGAGCUGCCGAGAGUUGAUGUAGAGGAGCUGCUCGCACUAGCUGAAGACGAAACGCUUGGUGUAGAUGACAGACUGCUAGGACCUGUUGUGAGGCCGCUUGAAGGACCAGAUGAUCUGCUCGAGGAAGUAGCCGUGACUGGCGUAGUACAAGAGGUGCUCGAGCCCCUGGAAGAGACAUCUGAAGAUAUGGCACUUGAUGUGCUGCUCAAGCUGCUUGUACCGGGAGACGGGCUCUCACUCGAGGAACUGGAAAUUGUAGACGAGCCAGAAGAUGCUGCACUUGUGCUUGAUGAGCUGCCUGCACUUGACGAACUUCCUGUAGCUGAGGAGCUGCUAAGAGUUGAGGAAGUAGCACUUGAGAGUGAGUUUGACGAUCCAGCGGUCGAGGAUGAAGACACACUCGUCUCAAUGCUAUUGGUAAGGCUACUGCUUGAUAAACCCGAAGUCGAAGUCGCGAAAGACGAAGUAGAACUCGAAGAGGGUGAUGGAAUAAUGAUGGGACAAGAAGUUGUCGUUGUCACAAUGUCUGUCAGGGUCGUGGUGGAAGUUGCAGUCGUAGUCUAUGUUCAACCAUUAGACAUGUUACUAAGGCUGGAGUGA